AUGGAAGAGAAGCCAAUCUGUCCUUAUCUUGUUAUUGAUAAAACACUGGAGCCGACCAGCAGCCCUGUGAUGUCACACUCAGAGACCGAGGAGGAGGACCGGGAGGCAGAGGAGGCAGAGGAGGCAGAGGAGGUAGAAGUGGGAGAGGAGGCAGAGGAGGCAGAGGAGGUAGAGGAGGCAGAGGAGGCAGAGGAGACAGAGGAGGCAGAGGAGGCAGAGGAGGCAGAGGAGGUAGAGGAGGCACAGGAGGCAGAGGAGGCAGAGGAGACAGAGGAGACAGAGGAGGCAGAGGAGGCAGAGGAGGCACAGGAGGCAGAGGAGGUAGAGGAGGCAGAGGAGAGGCAGAGGACAGAGGAGGCAGAGGAGGCAGAGGAGGCACAGGAGGCAGAGGAGACAGAGGAGCCAGAGGAGGUAGAGGAGGCAGAGGAGACAGAGGAGGUAGAGGAGGCAGAGGACACAGAGGAGGCAGAGGAGGCAGAGGAGGCAGAGGAGGCACAGGAGGCAGAGGAGACAGAGGAGGUAGAGGAGGCAGAGGAGGCAGAGGAGACAGAGGAGACAGAGGAGGUAGAGGAGGCAGAGGAGACAGAGGAGACAGAGGAGGUAGAGGAGGCAGAGGAGGCAGAGGAGGUAGAGGUGGGAGAGGAGGCAGAGGAGGCAGAGGAGGUAGAGGAGGCAGAGGAGGUAGAGGAGGUAGAGGAGGCAGAGGAGACAGAGGAGGUAGAGGAGGCAGAGGACACAGAGGAGGCAGAGGAGGCAGAGGAGGCAGAGGAGACACAGGAGGCAGAGGAGACAGAGGAGGUAGAGGAGGCAGAGGAGGCAGAGGAGACAGAGGAGACAGAGGAGGUAGAGGAGGCAGAGGAGACAGAGGAGACAGAGGAGGGAGAGGAGGCAGAGGAGGUAGAGGUGGGAGAGGAGGCAGAGGAGGCAGAGGAGGUAGAGGAGGCAGAGGAGGUAGAGGAGGUAAAGGAGGCAGAGGAGGCAGAGGAGACAGAGGAGGCAGAGGAGGCAGAGGAGGCAGAGGAGACAGAGGAGGCAGAGGAGGCAGAGGAGGCACAGGAGGCAGAGGAGACAGAGGAGCCAGAGGAGGUAGAGGAGGCAGAGGAGACAGAGGAGGUAGAGGAGGCAGAGGAGACAGAGGAGGUAGAGGAGGUAGAGGAGGCAGAGGAGGCAGAGGAGGCAGAGGAGGCAGAGGAGACAGAGGAGGCAGCGGAGACAGAGGAGGCAGAGGAGGUAGAGGAGGCAGAGGAGGCAGAGGAGGCAGAGGAGGCACAGGAGGCAGAGGAGACAGAGGAGCCAGAGGAGGUAGAGGAGGCAGAGGAGGCAGAGGAGACAGAGGAGGUAGAGGAGGCAGAGGAGGCAGAGGAGGUAGAGGUGGGAGAGGAGGCAGAGGAGGCAGAGGAGGCAGAGGAGGUAGAGGAGGCAGAGGAGGCAGAGGAGGCAGAGGAGGCAGAGGAGACAGAGGAGGCAGAGGAGGCAGAGGAGGCAGAGGAGGCAGAGGAGGCAGAGGAGGCAGAGGAGACAGAGGAGGCAGCGGAGACAGAGGAGGCACAGGAGGCAGAGGAGGCAGAGGAGGCAGAUGAGGCAGAGGAGGCAGAGGAGGCACAGGAGGCAGAGGAGACAGAGGAGCCAGAGGAGGUAGAGGAGGCAGAGGAGACAGAGGAGGUAGAGGAGGCAGCGGAGACAGAGGAGGCACAGGAGGCAGAGGAGGCAGAGGAGGCAGAGGAGGCAGAUGAGGCAGAGGAGGCAGAGGAGGCACAGGAGGCAGAGGAGACAGAGGAGCCAGAGGAGGUAGAGGAGGCAGAGGAGACAGAGGAGGUAGAGGAGGCAGAGGAGACAGAGGAGGUAGAGGAGGUAGAGGAGGCAGAGGAGGCAGAGGAGGCAGAGGAGACAGAGGAGGCAGAGGAGGCAGAGGAGGCAGAGGAGGCACAGGAGGCAGAGGAGGCAGAGGAGGCAGAGGAGACAGAGGAGACAGAGGAGGCAGAGGAGACAGAGGAGGCAGAGGAGGCAGAGGAGGCAGAGGAGGCAGAGGAGGCAGAGGAGACAGAGGAGACAGAGGAGGCAGAGGAGACAGAGGAGGCAGAGGAGGCAGAGGAGGCAGAGGGAGGCAGAGGAGGCCGUGGGAGCGUCUGA